UGCAUUAGUAAAAGCUCAUUAAGAAGUCAUGCAAACAUCACUAUCUUGUGUUGAUAAUCCCAAGAAGAAAAGUGCACACUUUUUGAGAAACUCACCAAACAACCCAUUCUCCUUUCAUUUCCAACCCCCAAGAACUUUGGAGCAGUAACACAACAGUAACAUAACAUAAACUAUGACGAAGGAGGAAUACUUCAAAUCCAAGAAAAAAAAACACAACCUAGUAGAGAAUCAAAAACUCACAAUGAAAAUUAAUUCAACAAAAAAUGUUAGUGGCAAUAUUGGUUGUGUCAUUUUGUUAGGUGGUGCAUUAGUAACAGCUGUUGCUAUGGGUUCUACAUUCUUGAUUUCAAGAAAGUGCAAGAAAUCCACUAAGAAGAUUAUAAAGAAAGAGUGGAAUGAUAAAAUUGAAGAUGAAUCAAAUAAAGGGCUUCAUUUUAUUCUUCCUGAUUGUUCUUCUCCAUGUAUGGAACAACAAUCAACUUCCAGCAGUGGGACUGACAAGUUGUAUCUCAAUGACAAUUAUUCCACCUCCUUGUUCUCCACUCCAUGCUUGAUCCAGGAUGGGAAGCCUAAGCUUGAUGAAGAAAAGGACACCCUCAAUGCUAUAGUCUCUGAUCAUCCAAAAGGAGGAGGGAAGUCUCCAUCUUUAGAGUUAUCCAAGACCAAGAUUUCGUUGCUCCCUGAUCCUGAUCAGGAACUGGAUGAGGUUUCUCAAGUAAGAAACGAGGUAAUCCAAGGAAAUGAGAAAACUGAGGUACUAUUGCGUGUGCAUCAAGCUCAAACGACAAUAUUCAGCAGUCCUGCUUUGCAAAUGGAUAAUAAAGUAGAAAUCAAGGCACACAAUGAUGAUAAAGGAGAAUCAAGUGAGUUGCAACAUACUGGUGUGAUCGAGACGGAUAAUCAUGAGGAGGUUCCACUUCAAGAACAAGAAAAACAAGCCACGGGUGAUCAAGAAACCAGCACCUGUAAUGAGCAUGAAGCACUGAACUCUGCCGCUGAAUUAAUGAUGGCAGCUGAUGAAGAUGACGAUAAAGACCAUUUGCUGUGUAUGUAUUUUGAGGAACAAUGUGCUGAUGCAGAAACUCAGAAUGAGCAAUUUGCCGAGAAAUGUGACGUACAAAUGAAAAUCAGUGAUGAAGAAGAGUGUGCCAAGGAGAGUAAUCAAGCAAAUUCCUGCUACGAGGAGGCAACAACAGAAAACAGUCCCUGCAGAACUUACAGCAUCUUCGUGCCAAAUUUGGCAGCCUCUGGAAUCAGAAAUGCCUUGAUAAAUGAUGAGGAUUCUGCUGAAGCUUAUGAAGAUAAAGAUAAGGGCCAUACACAGAUUAUGUAUAUUGAAGAACAAUGUGCUGAUGCAGAAACUAAGAUUGAUCAAAUUGCCAAGGAAUACAACACAAAGAUGCAAUUUAGUGAUGAACAAGUGUGUUCCAGCAAGAAUGAUCAAACAAACUCCUACCAUGAGGAAGCAACAUCAGAAAACAGCCACUGCGGAACUUACAUUGUGGAUGUGCAAAAUUUGGCAGCCUCUGAAAUCAGAAAUGCCCCAAUACAUGAGCUGAAUUCUGCUGAAGUGAUUCAAGUGAUAAAAGAAACAAAAGCGAUGGAUCCUGCAGCUGGAGAGCAGAGCCCAGAAGCAGAUUAUUCCCCUAUCCAGUUGGUUGAGAAGCAAAGCAUCAAACAAAAUUGUCUAGGAAAAGCUUCAGAGGAAGACAAUGAGGACUCAAAGAGGCUAUGUAUGGACAUUGAGGUAAUGGAGAAGGAUCCAGAAGCAUAUGGCAAAGAAGUGAAGGGUGAAGUAGAAGAUGAUGAUGAUGGCAAUGUAGUAGACAACGAUGAUUCUGCACAGGAUGUUGAAAAUGACACCUUGGAAGGAGCAAGAAACUCCUCUGAGCAAUCCAACAGUGACAAAAUUUGUCCAGCUGACUCAAACCAGGAAAUUGUGUGGGAACAUGAAGAGAAGAAGGUGAAAGAAGAGGAAGAAGGACCGAAAAUUAAAGAUGAUGAAACAUGUAGUGUAGAAAACUGCAAUUUGAAAAGCACACAGAAUGAUGUCGCCAUCACAAGUUGCCAGCAGAGCUACGAUGACAAAGGGGUUUCAGCAGUUAAUGCUAUUGAGAGGUACCAAAUGAAGCUCAUGCACCUGGAUGAUAUAGCUAUAAUCACCAGGGGAAGGAGACUGCUUUUGGGAGCACUACUAGUGCUAAUCUGGUACUUCGGUACUUUAUGCUUAAAGGCAUUUUUCCUUCCGUUAUAGGCGUAUUCAAAAUUUUAAAUCAGUGAGCGCGAAAUAAUUUUGGAUUUACUAAGAUCAUGUGUCAGACUAAACAUAAACAAAUAUAUAUUUGUACGUGUCAUUUGAGCUAAAAGGAAUGUGUACGUGCACCUGCUGCGAUGUAGAUCAAACGCUGCCUUUGAGUGGAGAAAAAGGAUGGACAUGUAUAAGAAAGCGGAUGGGGGUACAUAUUAUGAAGUUUGGCUAUAUGGAGUACAAGAUACCAAGCCGUAGAUCAGACACAGAAUCAUCGGCUUACAUCUGUUUCUUUGACUUGCUUUUUGCUUUAAACUCAUGCGUAUUAUUAGGACUGUGGACUUGAAAACUGAUUCUGUUGUUGAAGUGCAUUUUAAGCCUA